CACCUGCAUUCUUCUUUUUACUAUGAUAAGCUGCAACUGACACCCUUCAAUCUGUUAACGAAUCACAAUUCACAAGCAUCUAUGGAAAGCUUUCACUUUUUCAACAUCAUUCUUUCUCUGUUUCUGCUCCUUCCUUUGCUUUCCAUUUUCUUUUCUUUUCCCCUUCACUCACACGCUGAUUAUGUUUUACCCCAUCAUUACUUCAUCAACUGCGGCUCGGAAUUAAAAGUACAAGGAUACGGGAGGAAUUUCUCCGGCGACGACCACUACACCGACGGCACCAGUGUAGUUGAAGGCCCCAACUUCCCACAGCCACAAGACGGGCUUGAAGCGUUUGAUAUUUACAAAACUGCAAGAAUUUUCAACACAAAGUCUGGGUAUGAGCUUGAGACAGACCAGGAUGGCCCUUUCACGGUACGCCUUCAUUUCUACCCCUUUUCUUCAUCCCAUAAUCUCUACGAUGCAAGAUUCACCGUCACGGCUCUCGGGGAUACUCUGUUGUCGAAUUUCGCCGUCAGCAAUAGUUCCAACUUGCCAGUCAUUAAAGAAUUCUUGGUGUCAGUGAAGACUGGCUGGAAGCUCAGGAUUGACUUCAUACCUUCUCAAGAAUCAUCUUUUGCGUUUGUGAACGCAAUAGAAGCAUUCCCAGCCCCUGAAACCUCCAUUCCUCCCGAUGCUUCGGCUGUGAAUGAUAGUAUGAACAUUUAUAACUUGUCAUCAAAUGCUUUACAUGUGAUUUAUAGGAUUAAUGUCGGGGGCCCAGUAAUUACGCCUAAAAAUGAUUCUUGGUGGAGAAACUGGGAGACAGAUAAUGAUUACCUACUUUCCCCAAAUUCGGAGAUUACUAAUGGGACUGGGGGACCUAAGUACCCCAAUGGAGGGGCAACUCAAUUCGAUGCCCCUGGCUAUGUUUACACUACUGCCAGAGUGCUAAAUCUUAAUGAUAAUAAGCAGACUAAAGCUUCCAACAUAACAUGGCGUUUCAGUGUGAAUAACAAUACUUCACACUUUCUCAGGCUCCACUUCUCUGACAUUGUUGCCCCCGGUCCGAAUGAGACACAAUUCAAUGUUUAUGUAUAUGAUGAGUUCAUAAUGGUUAGCCCUUAUGAUAGAGUUCAUGACGUGAAUACUCCUUUUUACCUUGAUUAUGUGGUCGAUUCGGAUGCGUCUGGUUUCAUGAAGGUCAGUGUUAGUCCACUGCUAGGCACAAGUAACUAUUCCUUUCUGAAUGGUUUAGAGAUUAUGCAGAUAAGUAAGGAUGAGGUUAAAGUUCCAGAUGGGAGUGGACACAAGGGGAAAAGCUUGGUGAUAGUAAUUGGUUCGGUUUUUGGUGGGUUGGCUUUCAUUUUUCUUUCUGGAGUAGCAGUGUGGUUUUAUUUGAAACCAAAGAAGGAAAAGGCAAAACCAGUUGAGGAACAAAGUGUGAUUUCUCUUGGUAACCUUGGAUUGAGAGUACCUCUGUCAGAAAUCCUUUCUGCAACGAAAAGUUUUGAUCCCGAAGGAGUGAUUGGGGAAGGGGGGUUUGGGAAAGUCUACAAAGGAACGAUGCGGGGUGGAGUAAAGGUGGCAGUGAAAAGAAGUGAGCCUGGACAUGGACAAGGUUUGCUAGAAUUCCAAACAGAAAUAAUGAUACUGUCCAAGAUUCGCCAUCGCCACCUUGUAUCCUUGAUUGGAUACUGUGUCGAGAGAUACGAGAUGAUUCUGGUUUAUGAAUUCAUGGAGAAGGGCACAUUGAGGGAUCAUCUGUACAAUUCGAACCAGCAGUCGCCAGAGUUGUCUUGGGUUCAAAGGCUAGAAAUGUGCAUAGGAGCAGCCAAAGGCUUGAACUACCUUCAUACUGGUCUGGAUGUGCCAAUCAUUCACAGGGACAUCAAGUCCACAAACAUCCUGCUGGAUGGACAGAACGUGGCAAAAGUUGCAGAUUUUGGGCUUUCGAGAUCCGAACCUCUUGAUCAAUCCCAUGUUAUUACUGAUGUUAAGGGCAGCUUUGGGUAUCUCGACCCCGAGUACUUCAGAUGCAUGCAACUCACCCAAAAAUCUGAUGUCUACUCGUUCGGAGUCGUACUCCUGGAAGUCCUUUGUGCUAGACCAGCUGUGAACAACCUGCUGCCAAGGGAGCAAGUGAACUUGGCAGACUGGGGGAUGUCUUGGCAAAAGAAAGGGCAGGUUGAAGAGAUCAUUGACCCUUGGCUAGUGGGCAAAAUCAAUCCAGGCUCACUCAAGAUCUUUGGGGAAACUGCAGGGAAGUGUUUGCAGGAUAAUGGCAUUGACAGGCCUAGUAUGGGUGAUGUGUUGUGGGGGUUAGAGUAUGCUUUGCAGCUUCAACACAGUGGAAUGCCGGUAGAUCCACCCACAGAUGUUUCGCUGCAGUUUCCACUGCCUGUUUUUCGUAGCUUGCCUUCUCACAUCAUGCCCAGCAGUGAGGAUGAGGGUUCACAAACUACAAGUGGUGGGCUUGUGGUCUCUGAGGUUUUCUCCCAGCUCAAAGUUGAGGAUGCAAGAUGAUGCAUAAUCUCAGUAUACUUUCAUUUGCUAUGUUAUCCAGAUCAAUUCAGCAGUAUGUGUCUUGUUGUACUUUUUUUUUUUUUUUUUUUUUUUUGGUUUUCUCAAUUCUGCAUGUGGAGUUGCAAGCACAAGUGCAUACAUGCAUUUCCUGCAGAUUAAUCUUCUUGUUUGUGUUCUGUGAAAGUGGAAAUAACAUUUUCACAGUUUGUAAUUACAUGAAAUCUUUAUUAUUCUGUAA